AUGUUGCCAGCAGCAGCUCCCAGUGGCGACCCAAAUGCUAAGGAUGAGGUUGAGCUUGCAUCUCCCCUCACGCCUAAUGACAGCGGCAGCCGCCCGUCAUGUUUGGACUCGAGCGAUGCUUGCGCAGAGACUCCGAGACAUACGACCAAAGUGCUGGCCGCUUACUACGAUUCCUUAAUAAGGGGUGAGCAGCAGUCAAGAGAUCUUCCAUCGUUUCUCCGUUCACCAAAUGGCGCUGGCAGCUCACCGUUUGUCCGGCAGCACGGAAUCUCAUCAUCUAAACGCUACAGUUCGCGGCGCUCGUCUUCGAUUAUCUCCGAUUGUUCGUGGAUCGAUGUGCAUGCUUUAACCACUCCUAUGUCAAGUGAUGUUGAAUCGUCCAGUUCGGAGCAUACUUCUUAUGGCGAUUUGGUUGAAGGCUUCCGUGAAAAAGUGCAGUUUGCUGAAAAAGCUGUCGGAGAUGGUGAAAAAAUACUGUAA